AUGGCCGACAUCACCGACCCCAACAAUCACUCUCCGGACCUUGGCGACGCGACAGGCAACGGCAAUGGGGCUGAGGCUCGCGGCGUCAAACGCCCUCGCGUCAGUGCUGCCGCCGAUGACGACGACGACGAUGAUGACAAGCCGGGCCGCGAGAGAAGGAAGAUUGACAUUAAAUUCAUACAAGACAAGUCUCGCCGACACAUUACCUUUUCAAAGCGCAAGGCCGGGAUCAUGAAGAAGGCGUGCCUGAAUGCGCCCGAGCCAGCUUCAGGAAAUGAGAAUGGUGUUGACGCCGAACAAGAAGAUUCAGCGGAAGACGUGAGCCACGCCCAGAUGCAAGCGCCUCAGGCCAACAUGCCUCGCGGUGGAUCAGGAGGGAUGCCUCAAUACAUCUCGCCAGCCGAGCAACAACAGAUGGCCUACCAGCAGUACAUGCAGCAGCAAUCACAAGGCAUCGGCGGACAGUACCCCAUGCCCCCCAGGAGUAAUAGACGACUCUAUGUUGCGACAAGUAUUGUGGCGCACACAGAGAACAUGACGAAAAGAUUUGAGAAAUAA